AGCUAUGGAGUAUAUUUAUUGAUCGAUGUACAUCAUUCGUAUAACAUCGUGUGUAUACCAUUCAGUCGUUUCUCUGACUUCGUUGAGGAAACACGAUGGCAGACGAUAUUGUUGCGAUUCAGAAAAAGUUUGGCAGUUUAAACGAAUAUAGCAUACAAUUAAAUAGAUGGUUUUCGAAAACGAUAGGCGUAUGGCCUCUUCCAUCCUCUUCCUCAAAAUUCGAGAAGAAAAUAACGAAAAUUCUAAUUUUAGUCUAUUGGAUUAUCGUGCUAUUCAUCGUAAUAGCAAGCUUUUUACAUUUCAUUCUCGUGAAAGAAGAUACAAUCUCGAAAUUAAAAACACUUGGUCCAAUAAGUUAUUGCUUCGGUGGAGGGGUCAAUUAUGCAGUAUUGUUACUUCGUAAAAACGAUAUACGUUAUUGUAUAGACCACAUAGAAGCCGAUUGGAAGGUGAUCACGAGGAUGGGGGAUCGACAAGUGAUGCUUAAAAGCGCGAAAAUUGGUCGUAUUAUUUCCGGUUGCAUCGCAGGCUUCAUGCAAAUUGGUACUAUUUGUUUUUGCACCAUUCUGGGAGUUUUUAAACGAACAAUCAAAAUCGGCAACGAUAGUAUGGAAAUAUAUGUCUUACCAUUUCCAACUUAUAAACUUCCAGUUGAUACUAAUCCAGGGCAUGCCAUCAUUCUUGGUUUGCAAUAUCUGACAUCAUACGUAAUGAAUGCUACUGUUGUUAUCGCUUUCAGUCUUGCUACAGUAUUUGCAUGUCAUGCUAUUGGUCAGUUAACUAUAAUGAUUACGUGGAUUCAAGAAUUUGUAAAUCAGCCACAAAAAAAAAAUAAAAAUAUACGCAUUGAUGAAAUAAGUGUAAUCAUCGAACAUCAUUUAAGAAUUCUAAGUUUCCUAGAACGUACUGAACAUCUAUUGAGUCCAAUAUGCUUCAUGGAAAUGUUCAAGAAUAUUUUGAGUAUAUGCAUGUUUAGCUAUUGCAUUCUUGCGGAAUGGUCUGAACAUGAUAUUAGGGUUCUCGGUAUAUAUGCUUUUGCAGUAAUGUGUAUAACUUUAAACACAUUUUUAAUAUGUUAUAUCGGUGAAGUAUUAACUGAAAGAUGUAAAGAAAUUCGUAACAUGGUCUACAUGACAAAUUGGUAUCGAUUACCUGACAAAGAUAUUCUUGAUUUGAUAAUGAUUAUUACACGAUCUGACAUGGAAUUCAAAAUGACUGGCGGAAAGAUAAUUGAUAUGUCGGUGAUCACGUUUGGUAAUAUUAUAAAAACUGUUUUUGCAUACUUAAAUAUAUUACGCCAAAUGACAAUGUUGUAAAUUUUUAUAUAUAAACAUUUUUUAUGUAUCGAGCACAUAAAAAAAUAUAUAUCAAAUAUUCAAAAGAAAUAUUUAAAAAUAAAUUUUGCAUAUUAUUAAUUAUAUUUAAAUAAAUUUGAAAGUAUGAAAAAUGUUUGUUUUUUUUCAUUCAUAAUAAUUAGUUGUAUCUCUCUUUUUCAAAUUCUAAUUUGCAAUCUUAUAAUAUUGUUAUAUUACAUUUCCAUCUAUACACUAUAAAGAAAACUUAAAAAUUUUUUCUAUUUGUAUAAUAUACUUACACAAUUUAAAAUCAAUGUAAUUUUAUGAUACAGUCAAAUCAAUGAAAAAAAUCAAUAUAUAUAUUAUAAAUUAAAAAAAAUUAAGAUUAAUUUUUUGAUUGUAACAUAUUUAAUAUCUAUAAAAUUUAAUACAAUAUAUUGCAAUAUUAAAAAAUUAAAUUAUUAAAAAAAAGAAUAUAAAUUUUUUACUUUGAUUAAUCUUUGGAAUUGUCUGACAUGCAUCAUAUUUUCAAAUCUUCAAAUAUUUAAGAUAUUCUUUUUAUAAAUUUUACUUUCUAAGAAGAAAUCCACUUUAAUAAUCAUUAGUCCAUAUAAUUAUUAUUAUUAAAAAUGUUAAUAUUAUUAAAAUAGAUACAAAAAAUUUUUAAAUUUAUAAAAAAAUUAUUCACUAUUCUUAAGAAAAAUAUUGUAAUUAUAAUAAAACACAAAAUAAAACACAAAAUAUCGCAAUAUAAAA